AUGACAUUUUUGAAACUCAUUAACGUCGCUGUUAUUUUGAAUUGGGUCCUUAUGGUAUACUUCACCGGCUGGCCUACUCCUGCAUUUGUAAUAUAUCUGCGACACUACAUGAUGAUCAAUUUCGGUUUCAAGCUCGGCAAUCAAGCAUUUGUCGGUUAUUCAAUCAAAUUGUUACCCGCAGGCGACUUUGCUUUUUUGGUGGAGUCGCUGGUUUUGCUAUUAGUGCUGGCCGGAACUGCAUUUUGUUGUGCUCUACGAGUUCACUUGUAUUUAAAGAGUAAUUCUGUCAGCGAUCAAACGAAGAGAAUACAGAAGACUUUCUUCAUAGUCUUACUAGUACAGACAGCUUGUCCUGUUCUACUUCUACAUGUGCCACUGCUGGCAAUGUUUUUAGUAUUAUUUAUUGGAUGGGAUGCUCCUCCAGCGAUGAGCGUCUGUUGCGAAAUUCUUAUGUCUGGAUAUCCGUUUUUCUCUGCCACCAUUGUUAUAAUCUACAUGAAAGACUAUCGUCGUUUACUUUUCCGCCUGAUUGGCUUGGACAAGCCACGAUUGUCAUCAACAACAACUGUCUUUGUAACUACCGCAGAUGGAAAGUCUCGCUCUACAAUC